UGUGUGUUGAUUAUUAUAUAAUUAACAGCAGUAAUUAGGAUAGUUAACCACAAUAAUUAGAGCCAAAAUAACAAAAUUCAAGGCAACUUGUGGUGGUGGUGGUAGUGAUUAAAAUUAUACCAUGAAGUCCCUAAACUUCUCUCUUUCUAUCUCACACACACACACACUCAUACACAAAAGGACAACCAUCAAAGCAUUGGAUUACCCUUCUACUCUUUAUCAUACAAAGCCACACACACAGACUAAUGAUGUAUUCAGUCAAUCUGCUAGAAAUAGCAACAAAAUCUGAGGACAGGUAAAGUUGUGAGUGGAGGGAUUGAAAAUCAAAUGGUAAAUGGUCAAUAGUAAAUACCAUAAGGUAUUCUUCUAAUUCUGCCAGCCACAAACUUCUUGGUAACAAUAAUAAUAAUAAUAAUGGUUUUAAAUUUUGAGACAAAGCCAAUGAUAUUUUUUAGGGGGUUAGCCAAUUUCAUCAACCCCACAGCUCAACUGGUAAUUAGUUUAUCAACCAUAUAAGAAUAGAUGGCAAAGUUAACCUCAGCAGGAUCUGAACUCCAAGCAUAAAGUUCCUGAAGAAAUACCAUUAAGCAUAUUGUGUAAUGUACUAACAACUGAAUUAAUCACAAAUUAUCAAGGGCCACAGACCAGCACCAAACCUUAAAAGACACCUAACAAAAGCAAAAUUCACUUGAGAAGAAGAAAUAAUGCACGUAACAAACUGUGGGGACCUUCAUUGUGGGUUGUGUGGAAUAAGGGAAUCAGGCAAAGCCAAGGAAUUCAAGAACAGGAAGAAGGAAUUGAAGCUAUUGUCCAGAAUUCCCCAAACCAGGUGAGACGGUCCAUGGCAGUAAGUUCCAAAAAGGUUUUGGCGGUAAAGGUGCCAACCAAUGUGUGAUGGCAAGCAUGUUAGGAGCCAAAACAGCAAUGGUUGGCAGGGUUGGUACAGACCAGUUUGGGACCAACUAUCUGGACCAUUUCCAUAAAUAUUCAAUUAAUACAGAUCAUGUCAAAGUGACUGAACAAUCAAACACUGGUAUAGCGUCUAUCACAGUCAAUGAUAAAGGUCAAAAUAAUAUUGUCAUUGUCUCUGGGGCUAAUGAGAAGUUAACUGACGAGGAUGUGGAGGCAAGCAUUCAUGUUAUCAGCACCAGUAAGGUUCUUCUGACCCAACUGGAAACACCACCAACAACAGCCUUGAAGGCUCUCAAAUUGGCUAAGAGACAGAAAGUGACAACUGUCCUCAAUCCAGCCCCUGCUCGACCUCAACUGGACCCAGACUUCUACAAAUUGGCUGAUUACUUUUGUCCUAAUGAAACUGAGGCUGAACUACUCAUUAACAAACCAAUCAAGUCUGUGAAUGAUGCCAAAGCAGCCGUGCCAUUAUUCUUGGAACGGGGCUGUUCCAACGUUAUAAUCACACUUGGUGCCCUUGGUUCUGUAUAUGGCAGCAAAGGGACCUCGGAAGUGAUUAAUGUGCCUUCCUGUGAGGUGACAGCUGUGGACAGUACGGGUGCUGGUGAUGUUUUCAUUGGCAGUUUUGCAUAUUAUCUCUCCUGCCAUCCCCACCUUGACCUCCAUGAGAUGAUUCGUCGGUCCAGUAAAAUAGCCUCAAUCAGUGUCCAGAAACCUGGGACCCAGACAAGUUUCCCGAGCAAGGAAGCCCUGUCGGCUGAUCUCUUUGCCUGAAGAAAAUCUCUUUAUCACACAACAUGGUUUAUAUUUUUACAACCAAGAAAUGUUCCCAAAAGCAAUACAUAUUGAAUAUGCCGGUGACCUUCAUGUAAGAAUGGAUUGACUGAGAAAUUAGAACUGUUUUUUUUUUUUCCUUGUUACAGUGGAAACAAGGGUGUGUUAUCAUGUAGCAACUUUUAAUAAUAAAGAUGAAAUACUUUCACACACA